UUCGACUUCAAGAUCACGCACCGCGCAGGGACGCUUAAUAGAGUAGCGAACGUUUUAAGUAGAAGGUCUAAUUUGCGCGAAGAGGGUUAUAAAGAACUACAUAACGCCUUACUUAAGAUAAUACCUAAUGGUAGUCUAAAGUACAACCAGCUAGAACUAGCUAAGGUAGCUAAGGUAGCUGAGUAA